AAUCUAACGUAGUCCUGUCCUAUCACUGAAAAAGGCAAGCCAGCAGUAUGAUUUAUCAGUGCAUUUGCUGGGCUCUGCUGAGAGAACACCAAGAUUCCAUUUAUUCUUGGCUACUUGGAGGAGAUCGCACCAUAGCGUUCUGCUUCACAAGGUAGUGCAUGAUUCAGCAAUGAGACAUAGAGCUUGCUUGGGCAAGAGUGGCUUAGCAGCAGCUUAGAACUGUUAGAGAAGCAAAUAAGUUACUGUUAAACAUGUCAGAAGCUGAAUUCAAGUGCAGUGUGUAGAUUAUAAGCUGCUGGCCACAGAUAAGAGCUUAAGUUCCACACAUGUAUUAUAGGGCUUGGAUUCCAAACAGCACCUUGGCCAUACCCAUUGGCUAGGUAUGGGCAGAGGGGGUGCAUAGUGAGCACCAGAUGUUACAAGUGACAGAACUGAUUUCAGAAACUGGUUUGUAUGUUCAUGCCCUUACAGUAAGGAGUACAGUGGUGCAGUGCAUGCACAGCAGGACACGAGUCAGAGUCCAGAAAGCAGCAGCAACACAUUCAGGCUAAAUAUACGAUGCCAAUUUGUUCCUUGUACCUGCUCCCUUGAUAUGUCUGGUUCCUUCUUAGAAUGUGGGAUUUGGAUUCAUUUCCUGCCUCUAUUAGGCUGCCCUCCUCACCUGGGGACAAGGAGUUUUAAGCCAGAGGUUAAAGAGCUUCUGAUUCUCACUUUCAUAGAUUUUCAGGUUAUUUCUCCCAGUGGGUAAUACAGGGAAGUGUUAAGACAGUUACAGAGGGGAUUGUUCAAGUACUUAGAGAAGCUAUGUCAAGAAAAAUGUGAUGUUUUAUGUAACAACUGAUGACUGUAAGUGCAGUUCUCUCUAGCAGGCCUAUAGUGCCAAUGACAGCUUUUGGAAAUAGUCACUACACAGACAUUAAGUGAAAAGGAAUUCACAGAAACUGAGCUGAGGGAUACAUACAAUUCCGAAGGCAUUUAACUAGGGGAGUGAGCAGGUAGCAGUGGCUCAGUGGUUAUCAGUGCUCCAUUUUCUUCUCCUCUCCUGUUGUGCUCUUCAGCUGUACGCUGUGCCACAAGCUGUGAUCUCACUUUGGACAGGGUCACUAUUGGUGAAUGCCAAUACAAUGUGGUAUUCCUGUCUGACAAAAACAGUGUGUUGCAUUUCUCCAUGAAACAGUCAUGUCUUAGAUAAUUUCUUAUCGUCAAGGUCACCCCAAGGGAGGACGCACCUCCACUUUAACAUCAGUGACACCCAUUUUCCCAGGUCAGGGAAGUUGUCCGAAUGGAAUGCGAGCCUUAGGUAAAGAGUCUUGUAGCAUUAGGGCAUAGUCAGACAGUGAAUCUCUUCUACAUGAAGUAUUUUUGUGAGGAUGUAUGUAUGUGACAAACAUUGUAAUAACACACGUGGGUGUCCCUCUACUGCUGCAAGCAGUGUUGCUUGCAGUAGCUAUGGUGAGCUCAGUGUAGUAUCUAACCUUACUAAAACCUGAGACUCUUUCCAAGUAACAUAUAUAGCCUGCUGUCAUUUGUAAGUUACUGGAAAGUGUAUGUAGUCUGAGACAAAGAAAUGAUGCAGCUCUUACUGCUAUCAUCUGAUUUUUGCAAGGAAGAAGGAUAUCAGGGAUGAGAUUUUAAAACACGACACAUGAAUACAUCUUGGGCGUAGGUGCAAUGGACAUAAGGGACAUCAGUUCUCUCUUUUUGUUCGUUGCAUCAUGAAUGGAAAUCAAUCUGGUCAUGUUCUUGUGUUUGAAAUAAGCAGGUGUCCUAUAUUCAACACUGGUGCAGAACAUCAGCAGAAGCAGUAGCAUGCAGUGAGAAAGAGUGCAUCCGAAAGCAUGAUGUACAACAUCCUGGCUGUUUCCCCAUACUCACAUAUUCCAAGUAGCUUAUUUUUUUUUAAGGAAAACCAAACAAACCCCUUCUCAUGUUGAAAAGAAGCCUUUCCUGGUUCCUGCAGGACAUUGGUGAAACAAAAUGCAGAGCUCCUUGGUUUGUAAAGUGAAAAAAAAGCUACAUUCUCCCACCCCCGGUAAUUUGCCUGCAGAGACUGAAAAGCAGAACAGUGUACACUGAACUACAGCUUGAGAUUUGCUUUGUACCGGGGCAGGAGGGGAAGAACAACAGUAAAAUUACAAAGUCUGAAGAACCUUUGGAAAAGACAAUAGGCAAAGAUGCCAAUGUGGAGGCUGGUUUUAAUUAUACCAGCGUUAGAAAGAAACUGCAGAGAGGCUCGUCAGCUCCCGCUUCAUCCCGGUCUUGUCAGUCACCAUUGUUGCCAGGCACAAAACUGGACACUUCUGAGAAGUUUUGACAUAGAAGUUGUGGAAUAUUGUUCACUAACCCACCCCCACACACCCAUUUUAUUCCACACUGACAAAAGCUGAGAUGAAUGAGUUGUUCUCUGGCCCUUCCCACUUUGCAUAGUCAUUGGCUGGCUUGGUUCUAAAAGGGAUUUAAAAAAGGGGAAUAAUGUGCCUUUGCCUGGGAUCUGAGACUGUCAGGGUGCUGAAAAGCUAAUCUGCGAGCUGCCACCAUGCAGAUCCCUUGGGCUGUGUGCUCUGUCUGUGUCUUAACACAAAUGGCAUUUCGAUCUGUGGAAGGGUGGCAAGUGUUUAAAAAUGAUGCUACAGAAAUCAUCCCUGAGAUGACUGAAAACACAGAAACACCGAUGGAGCAGACUUUCAGCAACAACAACACGAUGAACCAGGCAAAGCAUGGAGGAAGACACAUACAGCAAGCUCCAGACCCUAACGACGCUUCCGACUUCAGCUGCAGGGAGAUGCGCACCACCCGCUACGUCACAGAGGGGCCCUGCCGCAGCAUCAAGCCCGUCAAGGAACUGGUGUGCUCUGGUCAGUGUGUCCCCUCGCAUCUCCUGCCCAACUCCAUCGGCAGAGGGAAGUGGUGGCGGCAGAACUCCCUGGAUUAUCGCUGCAUCCCCGCGCACACGCGCACGCAGCGCAUCCAGAUGGCCUGUCCUGAGGAAGAGACUCGGACUUACAAAUUCCGAGCUGUCACGUCCUGCAAGUGCAAGCGCUACACUCGCUACCACAACCAGUCCGAGCUGAAGGACUUUGGGAAGGAGCCUGCCAGGCCUCAGAAGAACAAGAAGCCCCGUCUCUCCAGGGCGAGGAGCAGCAAAUCGAACCAGCAUGAGUUAGAAAACGCUUAUUAGAAGGCGGCUCCGAGCGGUACAGCCUGGCAGCUCUGGAUAUCUGACGAGACAUCGACUGGCACUCACAGGCCACAGCAUCACGUUCUGACUGCAGUAGGUUUUAAUUCCUUCUGCUAAGCGGGGUCAAAGGCUCACACAGUGAAAAACCUGUCCGACUGUAGCAGCUACGGUGUGAUAAAGGAACGAGAUAAACUGAGCUGGAGGUAGCAACACCUAAAUUCAGUCUGAGAGGAGAGGUACACCUUGGAGGUCCUGUGGCUUGUACAAGUAGGAAGGCAGAAGAAAGUGAAGCUGUUAUGGUGACAAUCACACUAUAUUAGAAGUCAUUCUACUCUAUGUGAAAAGAAUACCGAGAUCUCUUUCCCACUUCUGUAAGUGCCAUGAUGCAGGACAAGCAUGAGAUUAGGCAGCACCAGGAAAGCUACCACUCUCUGAGUUGUAGGAAGUUAGUGAUAGCAGGGAUUUCCACAGUGAUGGUGCCUGAAGUCAAGUUGUCAGGAUGUCAGAUGCCCUCAUGACCCAGUUGUCUCCUCCAAAACACAGAAAUCAAACAAUGAUGCUCAUGUUCUCAAAAGUGUGACAAAUCUGUUU